UCAACAAGAUGCAGUUCCCUUUGAUUGUUGCUUUGACUUUAACUUUGCUGGGCUUCGCCUGGGGAAACCCCACUGAAGGCGACAAGCAGAAGUUCUGUGAAUUUCUAAAGGAUGUUGAAGAAGAUCGAGAAAUUUUGGUGGAGUCCCUAACGAAAAAGACUUUGGAUGUGGAAAAAAAUGUGAUAAAAAAACUGGGACGAAAUUCUGACUUUGAGACAUUCUUAAAAGAGAACUCUACUCUCCAGUUACUUACUACUCAGCAGAAAUUGGACUUUCUUUUAAAGUUCCGCUGCGCCUACAAGAAUAAGAUUCUCGCCAAUCCGCUCUUUAAGGACACCAACGAGUUUCGGCAAACCUACCUCACUUACAGGUCUGAAACCAACAAGGAAAUCAAGACGUUCGAUAACUUUCUCUCCCGGGAUGCGACCAGAAUGGUGAAAAAAAUGAAGAGUACAUCAGAUGCCACCAAGCAGGAAUUUAAUAACGCUCUUAAAACUUAUUUGGAUCGCAAGGGACAAAGUGCCCAUUGCAUGAUGAAUACUUUCCUGACUCUAAAGACCAAGUACGGAUGUAACUAAAGU